CCAUUAAAAGACUAAACUGCACCACCCACAAACCCAUCAUCAAGAAACUAGAGUCCACACAGACCAUCCAACCCCCCCUCAUCAAUGGCCCAGCUGGACCAAGAUGUACAUACAAGAAGAUAUACCAAAUACAAAAUCUUGAAGAAAAUUAAAAAAAAGAGAAGAGAUUGGGAUGAUAGGAGAUGCCUUCAAUUUCCAACCAAAUCCACCUCACAUACAACACCAAUUUGAUCAUGGCUUUUUUUGCCACAAAUACCCUUCUGCAACCUCCCAAAAAUGUGGUCUUUUUGGGGUUUUCUAUUUGGUCAGAUAAACAAACAGAGAAAACAGGAAAAGCAAGAAGAACCUUCUCAUCAAUUCAUCUCUCUUUAUUUAACUCUUUCUUCCCCACACCACACACCCUUCUCUCAUCUUUUCCCCACCCCCUUUCGUCUUUCUGCGAAUUUGGUUUUGGUUUCAAGAAGAUUUGAGAUCUGAUGAGUAGUAAUAAGAAGAUGAAAAGGGUUGCUUUUGAUCCAUCUCCUCAUGUGUCGUAUGAGGAUGCUAGGGCAAGAUUUAAGCAUCAAACCCUUCUUCAAGAUUUCUUGGAGUUGCAGCAGGAAACAGAGGAUGCAAGAAACAACUUGAUGGCCUUGAAGCAGAAGAAACUGACCUUACAAGCUGAAGUUAGGUUCUUGAGGCGAAGACACAAGUUUCUACUGAAAGACAAGUCAUCAAACCCGCCACAAGAACAAGUUUCUACCCAAUUCACGAAAAGUAAAAAGGAGCUGGACCGUUCCAAAAAGUUGCGCAAAUUGCCCCCACAACCUACAGAGAAGAAGAAAAAAGCGCCCCCAUCUCCUGAGUUCGACCUGAAUCUUGGGAUUUCUUUACACGGUGUAAAAGAACAACGAUCCAUUCAUAGAGGGAUCGCACACCAAAGGGUUCGGAUCAAUGGACCAAAGGUUUCGACGUUUCUUGAUUUGACUCAACGACCCACCCACAAGCCUGUAAUCGACUUGAACCAGAUAUCUAGAGAAGAAGAGGAAUUACAAGAGCUGUUUGAUGCUCCAACUCGGGGUAUGAUCCAAAACGAGCAGCGUACAAAUGUGAGCUAUGAUCCAAUCUAUAGGAACAUCGGUUCUGGUUCGGGUUCGGGUUCUGGUUCUGGUCGAGCCGGGAAGAGGAAGAUCUCCUGGCAAGAUCCUGUGGCUUUAAGGGUAUAAACAGAUGGUUUGCUAGCUAUAUAGAGAUUGAAUUGGUUAUGGUGAUUUCUAGGCUAGUUUCAUGGUCUUAAAAAUGGUGAAAUUUUUGUUACAUAUUUGUGGUUAUUGCUUGUUAAUUAGGGUUAUAAAUGGAAAUUAUUGUGUUUGGUGUUGAAA